UUCUGGUUUAUCUAUUACUAGAUAUGAUCAAAUCUGAGGCUGAAGGUUUUGUGGGUGGAGUUGCAACAAUCAAUUCUCAAAGGCUCUAUGGUUGUCAGUCAAAUGUUGUUUAUGGUCGAUCACAGUUGUUGGAUGGUCUUCCUCCCUUGGUGUUGCGUCGUGUUCUUGAGAAUUUAACUUAUUUGGCUACAAAUCAUUCUGCUGUUGCCAAUAUGUUAUUCUACUUCGAUUUGGAGACUGUCCCUGAGGAUUUGAGUUCUACAUACAUGGAAACUAAGAAGGGCAAGGAAAAAGUUGUGGAAGGGCUUCCAUCAAGUAAUUUAAAAACCUGUCAAGCUGGAAAUGUUCCUUUGGUUCUAUUCCUGAAGCUUUUGAAUCGACCACUUUUCUUGCGUAGUGUUGUGCAUCUUGAACAGGUCAUGAGCCUCCUUCAAGUAGUUGUUUAUACUGCAUCAUCAAAAUUGGAGCAUCAGUCCCGAUCUGAACAGGGAACAGGAAAUUCCCCUAUGUUGCCUGUUGAUGAAGCUGGUAGUGCGGUUUCAAAGGAUCCUGCUUUGCCGGAAGGAGAAUCAAAGCAAGAAAAUAGUGAUGCUGCUAGGUCAACUUCAGGUGGAAAAAGGAGAAAUGACGUACAUAAUAUCUUUUUGCAACUGCCGCAGUCUGUUUUGUGCAAUUUAUGUGCACUUCUCGGCCACGAGGGGUAUUCAUCUUCCAAUCUAAUGUCUUUUGAGUUGUUUGCUUUAUCCUGUUGGCUUAUGAUGAUAACUAAUUAGUUAUUGGUUCAGGUAAUGUAAUAUCAUAUAUGAUGAUGAAUUGAGUGAUUUUUACCCAAUGGAUGAUUUGUUAACUAAAUUUAUUUAUAGUUACUGGACAUAUAUAUGUAGUUAAGAGUGUGUUCUUAACACAGCCCAAGCUGAUAUCUGCAUAUAGAUUUGUUAUUUUGGUGUAUGUUUGAGUCUGAUCCUUUGGAAGAGACAUGGAAGCCAUUGUCGUCAUUCGCGUGUCUCCGCCACAUGCGCCGCCAGGUUCAUUCUACCCUAUACUUUUAAUGGUGUUGUUUGUGUGUUUUUUAAGUGUUUGGAAAGGAGAUGGAUUUAUUGCAAUAGCAAGGGAUUCACGUAAAAAUUGUUCCUGGUAAGUGCAUUUUUGAAUGCUUGCAGUUUUAAGAAUAGUUUCUAAGUGUUUUCAAGUGACUCUAAUGAUAUGGAAAUUCCUAUUUGAGAAGUUAUAGUGUGCUUAUUUCUCUUUGGACCAUAUUGGAAUAGAAUGUAACACCCGUAUAUGACUCAUGGGUACUAUUUAUUUGUAGUUUAGAUUUGAUUCAAGGUGCUUGAGUUUGUGGGUUCCACUAAUGU